GCCAAUACAUACUCAUUAAUAGUAUAUAUAACUAACUACUCUCUCCUUCAAAUUUCACAAAUCUCAAAUCAUUAUUACUUAAUCGCAAUCUUAUCCCAUUUUCUCGAGAGAUUUUCUUGUUUUGAAACAUGUCUGGUCGUGGAAAGGGAGGAAAAGGUUUGGGAAAAGGAGGAGCCAAGCGUCACAGGAAGGUUCUCAGAGACAACAUCCAAGGAAUCACCAAGCCUGCUAUUCGUCGUUUAGCUCGUCGAGGUGGAGUCAAGCGUAUCAGUGGUCUCAUCUACGAGGAGACACGUGGCGUCCUCAAGAUCUUCUUGGAGAAUGUUAUCCGUGACGCUGUUACGUACACAGAGCACGCGAGGAGGAAGACGGUGACGGCGAUGGAUGUGGUUUAUGCUCUCAAGAGGCAAGGAAGAACCCUCUAUGGAUUCGGCGGCUAGGGUUUUGAAUCGUGUUGUAUUGUACUUUCUUUGUUUUUAGUUAAGCUGUUGAUUUCAAAGUUUGGUGUUAAACACAUAAAAGAACAAAAAGUUGAGGAUUGUAGUUGCAAUUUGAUUAAAUGAAUGUUAAUUUUUUCUUGGUAGAGUUUGAUAACCGGUUCGGUUUAAUCAUUUGUUCAAAAUUGGUCUUUUAAUUCAUACCAUAGAUCAAAUGAUUGUGUCUUUUUCUAUAAAUAAUACCAGUAAAU